ACCUGAUGAUUGAGAUGGAGGACCAGACCAACGACGUGCACGAGGCAGGCAUCCCCGUGUUGGACUACAAGACCUACACCGACCGCGUCUUCUUCCUGCCCUCCAAGGACGGCGACAAGGACGUGAUGAUCACGGGCAAGCUGGACAUCCCCGAGUCUCGGCGGCCAGUGGUGGAGCAGGCGCUCUACCAGUUCUCCAAUCUGCUCAACAGCAAGUGCUUCCUCAUCAACUUCAUCCACACCCUGGAGAACCAGCGGGAGUUCUCAGCCCGCGCCAAGGUCUACUUUGCGUCGCUACUGACCGUGGCGCUGCACGGGAAGCUGGAGUACUACACAGAUAUCAUGCGCACGCUCUUCCUAGAGCUCAUGGAACAGUACGUGGUGGCCAAGAACCCCAAGCUGAUGCUGCGCAGGUCUGAGACAGUGGUGGAGAGAAUGCUGUCUAAUUGGAUGUCUAUCUGCCUGUACCAGUAUCUCAAGGAUAGUGCAGGGGAGCCGCUGUACAAGCUCUUCAAGGCUAUCAAGCAUCAGGUGGAGAAGGGGCCGGUGGACGCUGUGCAGAAAAAAGCCAAGUACACCCUAAACGACACGGGGCUGCUGGGGGACGACGUGGAGUACACACCCCUGACGGUGAGCGUGAUCGUCCAGGAUGAAGGGGUCGAUGCAGUUCCGGUCAAGGUCCUCAACUGUGACACCAUCUCCCAGGUCAAGGAGAAGAUCGUCGACCAGGUGUACCGCACACAGCCUUGCUCCCGCUGGCCCAAGGCUGACAGCGUGGUCCUCGAGUGGCGUCCUGGAUCCACAGCCCAGAUCCUGUCAGACCUGGACCUGACCUCUCAGCGGGAGGGCCGGUGGCGGCGUGUCAACACGCUGAUGCACUACAACGUCCGGGACGGAGCCACUCUCAUCCUGUCCAAGGUGGGGGUCUCCCAGCAGCCCGAGGACAGCCAGCAGGACCUGCCUGGGGAGCGCCACGCCCUCCUGGAGGAGGAGAACCGGGUGUGGCACCUGGUGCGGCCCACGGACGAGGUGGAGGAAGGCAAGUGCAAGCGCGGCAGCGUGAAGGAGAAGGAGCGUACCAAGGCCAUCACUGAGAUCUACCUGACCCGCCUGCUCUCCGUCAAGGGCACGCUGCAGCAGUUCGUGGACAACUUCUUCCAAAGCGUGCUGGCGCCUGGGGGCGCGGUGCCGCCGGCCGUCAAGUACUUCUUCGACUUCCUGGACGAGCAGGCAGAGAAGCACGACAUCAGGGACGAGGACACCGUCCACAUCUGGAAGACCAACAGUUUGCCGCUCCGCUUCUGGGUAAACAUCCUCAAGAACCCCCACUUCAUCUUCGACGUGCACGUCCACGAGGUGGUGGACGCCUCCCUGUCGGUCAUCGCGCAGACCUUCAUGGACGCCUGCACACGCACAGAACACAAGCUGAGCCGCGACUCUCCCAGCAACAAGCUCCUCUACGCCAAGGAGAUCUCCACCUACAAGAAGAUGGUGGAGGACUACUACAAGGGGAUCCGGCAGAUGGUGCAGGUCAGCGACCAGGACAUGAACACACACCUGGCAGAGAUUUCCCGGGCACACACGGACUCCCUGAACACCCUCGUGGCCUUGCACCAGCUCUACCAGUACACGCAGAAGUACUAUGACGAGAUUAUCAACGCCCUGGAGGAGGACCCCGCUGCCCAGAAGAUGCAGCUGGCCUUCCGGCUCCAGCAGAUCGCAGCUGCGCUUGAGAACAAGGUCACGGACCUCUGAUCUCCAACCUCCAGCAUCACGGUCUGGGACACAGAGGAGCAGCCCCGGGCUUCCGAGUGUGUGUGGCGGGGGACUGCCCCCCCUCAGCGUUUGUAGCCACGUUAGCAUCUUUCCCUGAGCAAUAGAGCCGGGCGCCGCCAACACCAGCUCCCUCUCGAAGAACCAGCAUCCAGUGUCUCCUGAGUGAUUCGAAAAACGUGCCUUACGCCCCGGUGCCACGCUGGGCUGCUGGGGGCAGUCAGGCCUCAGUCCCCUCCCCGAGCACCAGCAGCCGCCUCAGACACCUGGCUUUGGCCUCCAGCGGCGGGGCUUGAGUGCCUGCGGCCUCCGGGACCCAGUGCCCAGACUGUGUGCCUCCGCCCCGCCCGGACGGAGGCAGAGAAGCGGUACGAUGCCUCGCUGACCUCGCAGGCCUGCCCUGCGGGGUGCCGGCACUCCGGGGACUCCGUGCUGCAGGCCCCACCUCAAAGGUCAAGCUGGACGUCAGACGUCGAGGCCCAGGCGGCCAGAAGGGCCCCAGCAGACGGGGGUCCUGAUCUCGGCCUGUCAGACAGGCUGGCCCGGAGGCCCUGCCCAGGUCUGGGGGGCCAGGAGCAGGUCUGCCAGGACCACCCCAACCCUUUUUGUAAAUCUUGUGAAUUGUAAAUCGAAUACAGUUGUUUUUUUCAUCCU